CAGCAAGCAUUGCAUGCCGUGUCGAGCAUGUGAAUUCUGGUAUGUGACCUGUUUUGGCGGCUUGGACUUGAAAGGGCCCGUUUGGCAGGCCAGUAGAAACCGAUGACGACAUCGCCGAACCUCGACAUGUUAUCCCACUUUCUUGACGUAUGCCGCAACAACGAAUGGAAUUCAGGGAUUCACAGUCGUCUCUCCUCUAUUCAGGUGGCCAGUUCAGUGUGCACAAUGACCACGGCAUACUUAAACUGUCACUGAAUCACUGAAUUUUCACAGUUACCGCUGAACCAAUACACGCAAACAACUAUCCGUUCUCAGAUCAACAAGAUCAAGAUGGCGAACAAUAUUGCCGACAGGGCUCAAGAGAUCGCCAAAGAAGACCUUGGCCGAGCCAAAGUCCUUCUCAACGAGGCCGCGAGAAGUCAGUCGUAUCUGUAUCCCAUCAAGGGGAUCAUCUACUUCUUCACACAUCCCGGCUUGUGGAAGCCUCUUCGCUCGAAGCUGAUCCCGUACCUGACGCUCUACUCGGGGGUACUCGGAUCCAUGUUCUUCUUCACCUAUCUGCCGCAAGUCGCCAUCCUGACCUUUGUCAAUGGCCCGCUCGCCAUCUUCACGACCGUUCUACUCGUCCUGAACGAGAGCGCGACGAUCACCUCCCUCAUCUCCAAGAACUACCUGCUUCAGGAUGCUCUCCUGGACACGUUUGACGGCACACUGAUGACCAGGAACAAAGCCAACGUCGUUGCCGAAGGGAGAGAGUUGAAGUCUCAGGGAGACUUGAUCCAGAGGCUUGGGAAAGUGCUCAAGAAGCCCUUCGGUCGCUUCAGCGUCAAUGAGCUGAUUCGAUAUUUCAUGUACCUGCCGCUGAACUUCAUUCCUGUCGUCGGUACGGUGGCGUUCAUCCUGCUACGAGGACGAUCCCGUGGCGACUCGGCCCAUGAGCGGUACUUUCAACUGAAGGCGUGGUCCACAUCGAGGAAGUCGGAAUGGCUGAAGACCCAUAAGGCACCUUAUACCGCAUUUGGCACCGUUGCCACCCUUCUCGAGAUGAUUCCGCUGGCGUCGAUUCUCUUCUCCUUCACCAACACGGUUGGGGCUGCCCUCUGGGCAGCAGAUAUCGAGGCCGGAGAGAGUGAGAUGGCGAAGGGCACAGCUCCCGGGCUGCGAGAGGCCGCCAAGAAGGCCGAGUGAGGCAGACCUGGGCUUUCGUAUUGUACAAGGUCGGGGCCACCAAGAAUGUACGAGCUGGUGCUAGCUUCAUGCAGGAACGCAUCUGAGUGCAGCAUCGGUGGCGAGGGGGCAGAUAAACGAGGAGGUACGGCAUCUUGACAGCGCAGUGUAUGCAGUGCUCGCUGUGUAAUCGUGGGGGGAUGCACCGAGUAUUGCGCGUUCCGCCAUCGAGUUACGGGAGUCAGGGCAGCAUCUUCCAGAUCAUGUCAUCGUGAUGCUGUUGUUGAGUAUACGCUAGCUUUACCUAGGCACUUAGCCGCAGAUCUCACAGGUGCUUCGUGAAAGCGAUGCAUCUCCCCAUACUUUUCGGGUCUUGUCACGAAUGAUGAAUCUGACACCGCUCUGUGCCGCA